AUGGAUAAAUCGAUUGACCGAGUUCUCAUCCGAGGCCCAGGCUUCAAUCAAUUCUCGGCCUGUUUUGUUUCCGGCGUGGGCGACCAUUUUGAUGGCUGCGAAGUUGAGGCGUACGAUGAAACUCGGAAUGCACUCAAAAUUGAACACCUCAUGAGACUGUUUGAAUUCUGCCAACUAACCUUCUUCACUUUUGCGGGAGAGACUUAUGAACAGGUCAAAGGAACCCCAAUGGGCUCACCGGUCUCCGGUUUAGUGGCAGAACUAGUCCUACAGGAGUUAGAAAAGAUUGCCUUCACCCAACAUGAACCGGUGUUUUGGCGCCGUUACGUGGACGACACGUCCGUCAUCGUAAAGAAGGACAUGCUGCAACAUUUCCACAGCCUGUUCAACACAGUCUUCCCUGAUACAAAAUUCACGAGGGAAGAAGAACAGGAACAGCAGUUGCCCUUCCUGGAUGUGCUUGUUAGACGAAGCCCUAACGGUGAACUUGAAACGACGGUUUAUAGGAAGGCAACGAAUACCGCAUAG